AUGGCCGACAACUAUGUAGAUAGAUUCCAGCGUCUGCAGAGAAUCGCUAUGUAUGGUCAACAGCGGGUUCCAAGAGUGUUUAAAGACAGGGCCAACCCGUUGGAGAGAUUAUCAAGAGUGGAAGUUCGGGAGAGAUACCGAUUUUAUCCUGAAACAAUCGUAAUGAUAGUGGGUGUUGUUUUUAAUGAACUUGAUGCUGUAACAAGACGAAGCUUGCCACUACCACCUCUGCUCUCUGUGCUUGUUUAUAUGCCUGUUGAUGAUGCAGAGAUAAGAAUAAAGAAGAAGGAAUUUUACAGCAUUGCGGGAUUCCCGAACGUGUUGGGGUACAUAGACUGCACACAUGUCCGCAUCAGAGCACCAACACAUAACGAAGCAGAUUUCGUAAAUCGAAAAGGGUUCCAUGCAGUGAACGUUCAGAUGGUAUGCGAUGCUCGUUUCAUCAUCAUGGAUGUCGUAGCCAAGUGGCCCGGGAGCGUACACGACAGCCGUAUAUUUAGGGAAAGCAGAUUAUGUGCACAGUUGGAGAAUGGAAUGGAUGGAGUGUUGCUAGGAGAUAGUGGCUAUGCAUGUAAGAAGUACUUGAUGACGCCAUACCUGAACCCCCAGACUCAGACACAGGAGAGAUUUAACAGAUCACUCUGUAAAACUAGAGUCAUCAUCGAGCAAACGUUUGGUGUUUUAAAGAGGAGGUUUGCAGUUAUGUCGUACGGGAUAAGGACAUCCGAGAUGAAGGCUUGCAGGACGACAAUGGCGUGUGCCAUCCUGCACAACAUCGGGAUUAAGCGGGGAGACUCAUUUGGACGCUUUGUGGUCGAGUCCGACAAUCACCCAGAUGCACCGAACCAACCGGUUGAUGUUGCAGGGAAUGCCUUUAGGGACUUUGUCAGCACGACAUAUUUUUCGUAAAGUGUACUGAAUCAGUAGAAGAGUAGUAUAUCUGCGUUAAUUGAUUGUAAUUUCAAGCUGGCUGUAUAAGUAAUACGAUACUAAG